UACAAUAAAAUGAAAUCAAAUUAAAUUAAAAAUAAAAUCUAACCGGAUGCACAAUAGAAAAAAAUCCGAAGCGACAUUCUAUGACGUCAGCGAUGACACCAGUGAUGAUGUCAUAGAAACCAGUUGUGGUUUGUUCCGUUUUCUUGAGAACCACUCAUCCGAAAAACUUCAGAUUCUCGAAGUGGGUCGGAUGAGACAGAAAGAGAAUGUCCUCCGUUUACAUUUAGAUUUACAUUCAAUUCAUUUCCUCAAUAAAACAACCGAAGCGUAAAGUGAAACCAAGAUCUACUUUUCUUUUAUUUACGUGUGUAUUUUGAACUUCCUCACUCGCCGUAUAACUUUUUCUCACGCUUGCGUAGUAGCAGCUACGUGCUUGCCACAUUCUGGCUCUGUGGCUAGCUGAAGCUAAAAGGCUAACCUGCCUUUGCUUCUGUAACGGUUCGUUCCGGUCCAGCACCGAUUCUUUAUCUGACCCCGUCCAGACGUGGAUCUAGACACGGUUCAGGUUGCUAACACGGUACCGGUUCUGACCCGGGAUCUGCACUGACUGCAGAGGCUACAGUUAGCUCGCCGUUAGCAUCUUGAGCCAGGUUAGCUUUAGCUUCGCUGCAGCAAAAUCAAAACAAACUAAAGCUGACGGCGGCUGGCAGCCUGGUAGCCGAACAACAUGGCGACAGAGGAGAAGAAACCAGAAGCAGAAAACAUCAAACAACCUUCAGCGUCCUCAGGGUCCGGCAGCAAGUCUAACCCCGCAAAACCAAACUACACAGUGAAGUUCACGUUGGCCGGACACACGAAGGCUGUUUCCUCCGUCAAGUUCAGCCCCAACGGAGAGUGGCUUGCCAGCUCCUCUGCUGAUAAGCUGAUAAAGAUCUGGGGAGCGUACGACGGGAAGUUUGAGAAAUCCAUCGUCGGACACAAACUGGGGAUCUCUGAUGUCUCCUGGUCCUCAGACUCCAACCUGCUGGUCUCUGCCUCAGACGAUAAAACGCUCAAGAUCUGGGACAACAACUCUGGGAAGUGUCUGAAGACUCUGAAAGGUCACAGUAACUACGUCUUCUGCUGUAACUUCAACCCUCAGUCUAACCUGGUGGUGUCUGGAUCGUUUGAUGAGAGUGUUCGUAUCUGGGACGUGAAAACGGGAAAAUGUCUGAAGACACUGCCGGCUCACUCUGACCCCGUCUCUGCUGUUCACUUCAACAGAGAUGGUUCGCUCAUCGUCUCUAGUAGCUACGACGGACUCUGUCGUAUCUGGGACACAGCAUCAGGACAGUGUCUGAAGACUCUGAUUGAUGACGACAAUCCUCCGGUGUCUUUUGUCAAGUUUUCUCCAAACGGAAAAUACAUCCUGGCUGCUACUCUGGACAAGUCAGUGUCAUCACUGUUAGCAGCUCUACAGAUUCCACCAUUUACCACGUUUGCAGCUGCAAGGGAAGCAAAGGAAAAGAAGCAAGAAUAUCCCAUGUGUCUGUCUCCAUGUUUUCAGUGUUUGAAGACAUACACCGGUCACAAGAACGAGAAGUACUGCAUCUUCGCCAACUUCUCUGUCACAGGAGGGAAGUGGAUCGUGUCGGGCUCUGAGGACAGCAUGGUUUACAUCUGGAACCUUCAGACCAAAGAGAUUGUUCAGAAACUACAAGGACACACAGACGUGGUGAUCUCCACCGCCUGUCAUCCAACAGAAAACAUCAUCGCUUCCGCUGCUCUGGAAAACGACAAAACCAUCAAACUGUGGAAGAGUGACUGUUAGACUGAAGGAGACCCACAGGUCCAGAACCUGAACUGAACUGGUUUAACUGUCAGUCACACUCAGAAACACACAGGUUAUUACUGUAAACCCACACAAACACACAGUCCACUCCCGAUAAGUGAAUCAGAUUCAGUUUGAUCUGGUCUUAUUUGUCUGAUGUGAACGCACUCACAGCCAGAACACAGUCAGACCAGAUCCCAGUGUGUCCCAGGUGAAGACCAAAAACCAGCUCAUAAAUCUGUUCACGCUGUAAGAAAAGGACUCGAGCAAGUUAAAAGUACAGACUAAAAUCACUCGAUUGUUGAGUGGGGUUUAGUUGGAACCAAAAUCCAGCUGGAAAGUCAUGAAGGUUAUGAAAAAGUUUUGUCGCACAGCGAGUGUCUCUGAGGCAGAAGAACAUUUAACGGACGAGUUCCCCGUUUUUCAACUCAGACCGUAGGAAGUCUGUUUUACCAACACUUACGCUCAUGUUAGUUACGUCCACGGUUCUUUAAAUACAGACAACCUUUGUAUCAUGUUUUAUUAACCACAGGAAGUCCUCAGGUAGAGGGCGGAGCCUGUGUUUAGCUCACCUGGGGAGAGGAAGAGGCUUUCAUUUCUGAUUUCCUGUUUGAGUAGUAAGAAGUUCCUGUUUAUGAAUUUUGUUGUGUUACUUUACUGUUGCUGCUGUUUCCCGUUAAUUCAGAGUCAGCACUUCCUCCUUCUCUUUCACAUUAAAAGCCUACCAGUAGCUAAGGGGACAGACUCAUUUGCCUUCUCUGAAAGACUUUUAUUGUCGUAAAGCUUUGUUUGUUUUUUUCAAGAUGUAAUUUAUAUAUGCAGUUUUUAUCAGUGGACAUAAUUAUCCAUCAUAAUUGAGAAAACUAAUUAGCUAAUAAAUACUUUAAAAAGUCAGGUGAGAAGAAAAAUGUGCAUUAAUUUAAAAAGAUAAAUCAUAACCAAAUUUCUGAGGCUGCACAAAACGAACCAGGGAACUGAACGACAUGUGGAAAAUAAGUGAAAUGGCCCUUUAAACAAAACGCUUCAGUGAUGUCUGGAUUGAAUUAACAUUUAAUUACCUUAAUGAAUAACCUUUACUUAGACCAAACAAAACGCAGUCACUGAAAAGAAUAUAGUUAACAAGCUCUUAGAGGAGUUUUGACCCAAGACAUCAGAUUGGUGUUGCCAGGAUACCGUUUGAUUGACCGCUGGGACACACCCACUCUUCUCUGACUCAUCGGUUGCCGUAGUAACUGUGUGUUUGUGUCUGUGCUGCGUUCACUGACUUUCUGUCCCAUAGGUACAUUUAACAGUACAAACAAACAGCUCUUCAUCAUCUUCGUCAUCACUACUCUCAGCCUGUUUCCUAUUUCCACAAACUUCAGUCAGCUGAACGAUAAAAGAUGAAUAUUGCU